CCGCGCACGCGCACUGCGGGGCCGGCGGCCAAGCCCCGCCCUGUCACUAGUAACAACAGGCGGCGGCGGCACCCGCUCCCCUCCCCUGCCGGAACCGGCGCUGCCCCACGCCGGCAUGAGGCCAGAGCGCGGCCGGCCGUCGCGGCGGGAGGCGGUUUGAGUUGAGCUUACUAACCGCAGCAAUGGUGCAGAAGUACCAAUCCCCCGUGCGGGUGUAUAAACACCCUUUUGAGCUAAUUAUGGCUGCAUAUGAAAGAAGGUUUCCUACAUGUCCUCUGAUCCCUAUGUUUGUAGCCAGUGAUACUGUAAAUGAAUACAAGAGUGAGGAUGAAGCUAUCCAUGUGAUUGAACGGCGCUGUAAGCUGGAUAUUGAUGCACCACGGCUAUUGAAAAAGAUUGCAGGAGUGGAUUAUGUCUACUUCAUCCAGAAGAAUUCUUUGAACAGACGAGAAAGGACUUUACAUAUAGAAGCCUACAAUGAAACCUUCUCUAAUAGAGUCAUCAUUAAUGAGCACUGCUCUUACACAGUUCAUCCUGACAAUGAAGACUGGACCUGUUUUGAGCAGUCAGCAAGUCUGGAUAUAAAAUCUUUCUUUGGUUUUGAAAGCACAGUGGAAAAGAUCGCCAUGAAGCAAUACACCAGCAAUAUUAAAAAGGGAAAAGAAAUAAUAGAAUACUACCUGAAGCAGCUGGAGGAAGAAGGAAUAACUUUUGUUCCUCGUUGGACUCCUCCUGUUGCAUGUAAAUCAGAGGGCAUUACAUCUCACCCAAGACGACCAGUUUCACCUGCUAUUAAUAUACCAGACUCUGCCACAAAGGAGGGCUUGAGCAAUAAGGAGAUCCUCAACACCUCAAGCAGUCCCUCAGAGCCCACAGCAGGAACACCUGAUGACAAGCUAGAUGCAGACUACAUCAAGAGGUAUCUGGGUGACUUGACCCCAAUGCAGGAAAGCUGCCUCAUUCGGUUGAGGCAGUGGCUCCAAGAGACUCACAAAGGCAAAAUCCCAAAGGAUGAGCACAUUUUAAGAUUCCUACGUGCCCGGGACUUCAACAUUGAUAAAGCAAGAGAGAUCCUUUGCCAGUCGCUGACAUGGCGUAAGCAGCAUCAGGUAGACUACAUUCUGGAUACCUGGAACCCUCCUCAAGUACUCCAGGAUUACUAUGCAGGAGGCUGGCAUCACCAUGACAAAGAUGGUCGCCCAUUGUAUGUGCUGAGAUUGGGACAGAUGGAUACCAAAGGCUUAGUGCGAGCUCUUGGGGAAGAAGCCUUGCUGCGCUACGUUCUUUCAAUAAAUGAAGAAGGACUGAGGCGGUGUGAGGAGAACACAAAAGUAUUUGGCAGGCCAAUAAGCUCUUGGACCUGUCUAGUAGAUCUGGAAGGUUUGAACAUGCGGCAUUUAUGGAGACCUGGUGUCAAAGCAUUGCUAAGAAUCAUUGAGGUGGUCGAAGCUAAUUACCCUGAGACUUUGGGUCGUCUUCUUAUCCUAAGAGCACCUCGAGUAUUCCCAGUUCUUUGGACACUGGUUAGUCCCUUCAUUGAUGACAACACUAGAAAGAAAUUCCUUAUUUAUGCUGGAAAUGACUACCAGGGUCCUGGGGGACUGCUGGAUUACAUUGAUAAAGAAAUCAUCCCUGAUUUUCUUGGUGGAGAGUGCAUGUGUGAAGUGCCAGAGGGUGGGCUGGUUCCCAAGUCCCUCUAUCGGACAGCAGAAGAGCUGGAAAAUGAAGACAUAAAGCUUUGGACUGAAACAAUCUACCAGUCUGCAAGUGUCUUCAAAGGAGCUCCACAUGAGGUUCUCAUUCAGAUUGUGGAUGCCUCAUCUGUCAUCACAUGGGAUUUUGACGUGUGCAAGGGCGACAUUGUUUUUAACAUCUUUCAUUCCAAGAGAGCCCCGCAGCCUCCUAAAAAGGACUCUCUGGGAGCUCACAGUAUUACUUCUCCUGGUGGGAACAAUGUCCAGUUGAUAGACAAAGUCUGGCAGUUGGGAUGUGAUUACAGUAUGGUGGAGUCUCCCCUUAUCUGCAAAGAAGGGGAGAGUGUGCAGGGAUCACAUGUGACCAGGUGGCCUGGCUUCUAUAUCCUCCAGUGGAAAUUUCAUAGUAUGCCUGCCUGUGCUACAACCAACCUGCCUCGUGUGGAUGAUGUAUUAGCAUCUCUACAGGUCUCCUCUCACAAAUGUAAAGUGAUGUACUAUACAGAAGUAAUAGGAUCUGAAGAUUUCAGGGGAUCCAUGACCAGCCUUGAAUCAAGCCACAGUGGAUUCUCCCAGCUCAGUGCUGCCACCACCUCUUCUAGCCAGUCCCAUUCCAGCUCCAUGAUUUCCAGGUAGUGCCACAACAGAUGAAAAGCAAAUGGAUGAGAUGGCUGGACCCUCGCCUGUGGCAGCUGACUGCAAUACACCAUAUUCAACUGGCAAUUGUGCAAAAAAACCCCCACCCCACUAAAGCCUUUUAUAGAUAGUAAAGUAGCUGUUUGAAUUUUAAA